AUGGCCAUCACGACGACCCUUCUCGGUGCCCUCCCCGACCUAUCCCCCACGACGGCCGCUUUCCUCCUCCCAAGCGUCGCCCUGCUCACCCUCGCCAUCUACCGGCUCUACCUGCACCCGCUCUCGCACGUGCCGGGCCCGCCCCUCGCGGCGCUGACGUCACUCUGGCUGUACUGGCACUCGUACCGGGGCACCGAGGCGCGCGUCAUCGACGCCCUGCACGGGCGGUACGGCGCGCUCGUGCGCAUCGCGCCGGGUGAGGUCGACGUGUCGCGCGGCGAGGCGCUCGCCGCCAUCUACGGCGGCGGCGGCGGCGGCGGUACUGGCGGCGGCGGGUUCCGCAAGGCCGCGUGUUACCGCAACUUUGACAUCGAGGGCCACCAGAGCAUCUUCUCCGCCGUCGACCCGGCCCACCGCGCGCCACGGGCCAAGGCCGUGGUCGGCCUGUUCAGCACGCGAGCGAUCAGGGGGGACGGGGGCCGGGGCGAGGCGGUGAUCAGGGGCGUGGCGGAGAGGAUGUGCAGCCGGUGGGAGGCGGAGAAGAGGAGGGCCAAGGCGGAGGCGGCGCCGCGUGGGGAGCGCGCCAGGCUCGACAUGUUGAAUUUGGCGAGGAGCUUGGCGUUGGACGCGGUGAGCGAGUACCUGUUUGGGCGGUCCUACGGGGGCGUCGAGGAGGGGUUGAAGGACGCCGGAGGAGACGCCUCUCAUGGUGGGGAGCUCAGCGCGAGCCAAUUCGUCAACACGUUCGUUGCGGUAGGCAGGUUUUUCUAUCUGCCGAACUGGAUCUUCAUUGCAGUCGAGGCGCUGGCCAUGCGGUUCAAUGUCGAGAAGCAUGAGGUCGAGAGCAGCAUGGGGACCGUGGCAUCGUUCGUCAAGGACAUUGUUGAGGAGGCGGAGAAGGAUGGGCGCAAGGAGACCUACCCUGGUCGAUUGCUGGAGGCUGGAUUCACCAAGGACGAGACUUCGGCACAGUGCAUGGAUCUGAUGUUUGCAGGUACCGAUUCGACAGGCAUGAAUUUGGCGACUGCGUGUUGGUGGUUGGCUAAGAAGCCUGAAGUGUACAAACUUCUCCACGACGAGAUCCUUGCCAGCCCUGACGCCGAUCCACAAACCAUGCCUUACCUUUCCGCAGUCGUCAAGGAGACGUUGCGUAUCAGCAUGGCCAACCCGACCCGCCUGCCCCGUGUCGUGCCGCCGCAAGGCUGGAAUUUUGAGUCUACAUUCAUCCCACCAGGCACCAUCGUUGGCCUGUCGCCCUUCACGCUUCAUUUUAAUCCCGACGUGUUCCCGUGUCCGCACGAGUUCAUGCCUGAACGCUGGGAAGAGCCGACGGCCGAGAUGCUGCGCGACCAUAUCCCAUUCGGACUGGGCAGCAGGGCCUGCAUCGCCCGGAACCUGGCAACCGUGGAACUGUACUUGGCCCUUAAAGAAGUUGUAAGAAGAGGUCUUCUCGAUGGUGCAACAUGUGUGCAAGAUAAGAUCGAGAUUCUGGACUGGUUCAAUUCGAGAGUUGUCGGUGAGAAGAUUGAGUUGGAAUGGGUAUGA